AUGAAUCCGGAAUAUGAUUAUCUUUUUAAAUUAUUACUUAUUGGUGACUCGGGAGUAGGCAAAUCAUGUCUUUUACUACGUUUCGCGGAUGAUACCUACACGGAAAGUUAUAUUAGUACAAUUGGUGUUGAUUUUAAAAUUCGAACAAUCGAUCUCGAUGGAAAAACAAUCAAAUUGCAAAUUUGGGACACUGCUGGUCAAGAACGAUUCCGUACGAUUACAAGUAGCUAUUACCGAGGUGCACAUGGAAUCAUCGUAGUUUACGACGUAACUGAUCAAGAAUCGUUCAACAAUGUCAAACAAUGGCUUCAAGAAAUCGAUCGAUAUGCCAGCGAAAACGUGAACAAGUUAUUAGUCGGAAACAAAUGUGAUCUAACUGCAAAAAAAGCUGUUGAAUAUAGUAAAGCAAAAGAAUAUGCUGAUUCGUUGAGUAUUCCAUUCUUGGAAACAUCGGCUAAGAAUUCGACAAAUGUCGAACAGGCAUUUAUGACCAUGGCAACAGAGAUCAAGUCUCGUAUGUCAUCAGCUCAUUCAACAUCAGCGGGUAAACCUUCAACAAGUGUUAAUGUGACUACGCAAGGCAAACCAGUCCAAUCAUCAGGCGGUUGUUGUUAG